UGUCCAGGGCUCAGGGUAUAAAAGAUCACCCCCUCAGACAGGCACUGGUGUGUGUGUCUACCAGAUCAACCAUGAAGUUCUCUUGUGCUCUCCUGUUGCUUAGUGCCUGCCUGCCAGUCUUGCUGGCUGGUGUCCCCAGGUCCAAGCGUUCCCUGUGGGAUCUGAGAGGAUUGAUCGAGUGUGCUCUGCCCUCCAGUUGGCCUGUCUGGAACUUUGCCGACUACGGCUGCUACUGCGGCAAGGGAGGAUCCGGCACCGCCGUCGACCAGCUGGACAGGUGCUGUGAGACUCAUGAUCAUUGCUACGGUGCCGCUAUGGCCCUGCCUGCCUGCAGUUCUGCAUUGGACUUGGACAACCCCUACACCCACGGAUACUACUACCAGUGUGAUAAGGCCACCAAGACCAUCAGCUGCCUGGCUAAGAAUGACGCAUGCCAGAUGUUCAUCUGUGAGUGUGAUAAGCACCUGGCUGAGUGCAUGAGCACGGCUCCUUACGUAAAGGCUCACGACCACUACGACCAGGCCCUGUGCCACCAGCACAGCUAAACGCCACACCUGCCAUGGCCUCAGGGUGUGUGUGUGUGUGUGUGUGUGUGUGUGCCACCAGCACAGCAGAGCACCAAGACACGCCCACCUCCAGAGCAAGACCACGCCCCUGGAUAAGCCACGCCCACAGGGUCAUGACUCA